AUGAUGCGCCGGGCAGCUCCCCGAGCCAGCCAGCUCAACCAGCUCACCAAGGCUGACCUGCGCUCGGGGCGUCGUCAACGUCGCUUCAAGACUUUCGUCAAAAGGGUGGACAAGAACAACGAGAUAUACUACACUCGCGCCAGGAACAGCCUUGCAGAUCAUCCUCAUCCCGACCCGGACAAACAGUACGAAUUCUUUGCAAUGCCCGACCUCUUGCUGGAUCUUGAUGCAGAAGGAACUCGGCUCGUGCGCCCUUUUGCUGACGCGGAUGAGCAACUCUUCAAGGCCAACUGGGGAGAGUCGCCCGAGCGGACCGCUGCCCGAUCCAUCCUGAAGCAAAUGGAGGAGCAGGUCUACGAAUCGCGGCAAAAGGUUCAGGCCAUGCGUGCUCAGACGACAACUAUUUGGCGCAUCACUCCCCACGACGUGAUAUCUACCGCCCUCCAUGGCGGAUCCGCGACCCAGACGACACCAGCACGGGAUAUCUUGUCUCACAACCGCCGCCCUGGCUUGGACAGCACUCAGGUGUCGCAGCAGAGGUGGCAAAGGCUGGACUUGACAGAGAAGCUCCGUGCCGAAAACGGCAUACCGCCUCACGCAGUCGACGAUGACCAACUCCUCCUGCGCUGGAUGACGCUGCGGCGCAAAGCGUUACGAACUUGCCCAAAGUCCAAGACGGCACCGCCAAGCCCCUCCCACGUCAUAGAAGCCAUCAAAGCCCAAUCAUCCUUGAUGGGCAUCCGGCGCCUGGUAUUUCAGUGCCUGGCUGCUGGCACCAGCAUAUCCAGCUUCCAACGCGACACUGAGGCUGACUCGAAUCUGCCGCGUCACAUACGCGAUGCCUGCAUUCGCAUCUUGAGCCAAGACGCCGCCGCCGCCGCCGAUUCAAGUCUUCGCAUCGACGCUCUCGCUUUUCUCGGAAAUCUCGCCGAGAGGCUACUAGCAAUGGGCGCGCAUCUUGAUCCUCUUUUGUGCGGGACGGCGCUGGCACUCUCGGCGCAAUCUUGCUCCCUCGAGGUGACAUCAGUGUGGCUGCAUCGUUGCCAUCAAGCCUCGAGACGGCCCGAAAGUGCCGACGCUUCCUUUAUGGAGGAUCUGUUGACCGCCCUUACCUCGCUGUGUUCUCGUUUGAGCACCCGCGACGACGGUGGUGGUCCUCCGAGUAUGCAUGAUGCCAAGUCACGCCAGCUACUCCUUCAGUUGCUUACGGGGAUCGAUGAAAACAAGAGGUUGGCCUCGGAUUCUUUCCGAUCAUUUGCUGUAGCUUGCCUCGAUGAUGGGAGCCGCGCCGCCGCAAACGCACAGCGCGCGGUGUACGCCGCUUGCAUCAGACUACUCGGGCUUCUCGGCGCUGUUAGGACGCUGUGGAGAGAAUGGCGAGAACUCCCUUGCCUUGCGGGCGAUGCUGCUCCCAUUCCGAACCAACAUGACGAAGCCAUUGCCCUCAGUUUUGGCGCCGCCAUGCAUCAGGCAGUCCACGUGAUGGGCACAGCCGAUCCCGAUGUGUUGCAGGAUACCAGCCUGGGUACGAGGCUGGAAGAAUGCGUUACCAUGGACUAUCAUGCCAUUGAGGCGCAUCUCGGAGAUGCUGGUGGUUGGCGAGCUUUGGAUCCAUGCAGCGCGCUGAAGUGCUUGCCUGAUGGGACGACAUGUCGAUCAACCCUAAAUUUGCCGUUGGAGGCCUGUGUUCAAAAGAUCAAGGCAUGGGGAACGUGCGAAUGA